UUUUUUUAUUUGAUCUUGUAACAUCAAAUCUCCCUUACGUUGCCAGAUUCAAAUUCUCCGAUCCGGAGAAUCGGGUUGUUGCGACGAAGAGGAAGAGGAAUUGGCGGUGGUCGGGAUCUGUACGGAUUCGGGGGGAGAAAUGGACCACGGCGACAUUGAAGAAGCCGCCGGUAAUGGCGAGGAGGAGGUCCGGUCAUCAGCGCGCGGCGGAGGGGGUAAAUACCGGCCGGUGGUCGCGCACGAUCGGGCCGUCGUCGAGAUGUCCUCCAUGGACCCUGGAUCUCCUUCCUCUUCUUCCCUUAAGAAAAUUAAAGUGGUUACGCCUGGAGAGGUUGGUGCCAAUGCGAGGGAAGGGGCAGGAUCAGAAGAUGGAGGAGUAAAUGGUCUUCACAACGAAUCGAAGUUGGAGCUUUUUGGUUUUGAUUCUCUCGUCAACAUUCUUGGUUUGAAGAGAAUGACAGGAGAGCAAAUUCCUGCACCAUCCAGCCCAAGGGAUGGGGAGGAUAUUUCCAUCACGCAAGGGCACCCUAAGCCUUUAGCACUGAAGCUGGGUACACUGAUGGGAGUGUUUGUUCCAUGCCUGCAAAAUAUAUUAGGAAUUAUCUACUAUAUCCGUUUCUCAUGGAUUGUUGGCAUGGCUGGCAUAGGAGAAGGGCUACUGCUAGUACUGCUCUGUGGCACCUGUACUUUCUUGACAACAAUAUCUCUAAGUGCUAUUGCAACCAAUGGUGCAAUGAAGGGUGGGGGACCAUAUUAUCUCAUUGGUCGUGCACUUGGGCCAGAGGUUGGGAUAAGCAUAGGUUUAUGCUUCUUUCUUGGCAAUGCUGUUGCUGGAGCUUUGUACGUUCUUGGAGCUGUGGAGACUUUUCUGAAAGCUAUCCCUGCUGCUGGAAUUUUCAAAGAAACUGUUACGAAGAUUAAUGGAACAGCAAUUGCUGAACCGAUACAAAGCCCAAGUUCACAUGACCUGCAGGUUUAUGGCAUUGUUGUGACUAUCCUUCUAUGCUUCAUCGUGUUUGGCGGUGUGAAGAUGAUCAAUCGUGUUGCACCUGCUUUCCUCGUGCCUGUUUUGCUCUCAAUCUUCUGCAUAUUUAUUGGAUUCUUUUCGGCAAGGACGGAUUAUCCUGAUACUGGAGUUACUGGCUUGAGUUUGAAAAGCUUCAAGGACAACUGGAGUUCUGCAUAUCAGAUGACAAAUGAUGCGGGGAUUCCUGAUCCAAAUGGAAGCACGUACUGGAACUUCAAUGCCUUGGUUGGCCUAUUUUUCCCAGCUGUUACAGGAAUCAUGGCAGGAUCAAAUCGAUCUGCCUCACUCAAAGACACCCAGAGAUCUAUCCCUGUCGGGACAUUGGCUGCCACUCUGACUACUACUUCACUGUAUCUGAUCUCUGUGUUCUUUUUUGGAGCUGUUGUGACGCGUGACAAACUUUUGACCGAUAGGUUGCUUACCGCUACAAUUGCUUGGCCUUUCCCAGCAAUUGUUCAGAUAGGAAUCAUCCUUUCAACCUUAGGGGCUGCGCUUCAGAGUUUGACGGGGGCACCACGGUUGCUCGCUGCCAUAGCCAACGAUGAUAUCCUUCCUAUCCUGAACUAUUUCAAAGUUGCUGAUGGCAGCGAACCCCACAUUGCGACGCUUUUCACAGCAUUCAUCUGCAUCGGAUGCGUCGUUAUCGGAAAUCUGGAUCUCAUCACACCCACAGUAACUAUGUUUUUCCUCUUGUGUUAUGCGGGAGUAAACUUGUCUUGUUUCCUUCUCGAUCUUUUAGAUGCACCAAGUUGGCGUCCUCGGUGGAAAUACCACCACUGGAGCCUCUCUUUUGUUGGAGCCUCACUUUGCAUCGUGAUCAUGUUCUUGAUUUCUUGGUCAUUCACUGUGAUUGCCCUUGCACUUGCUGGCCUCAUAUACAAAUAUGUUGGCCUCAAAGGAAAAGCCGGGGACUGGGGUGACGGGGUCAAGAGUGCAUAUUUUCAGUUGGCCCUUCGUAGUCUCAGGUCACUUGGAGCAAACCAAGUUCACCCGAAGAACUGGUACCCAAUUCCUCUCGUGUUCUGCCGACCUUGGGGAAAGCUUCCGGAAAAUGUUCCUUGUCAUCCGAAGCUCGCUGACUUUGCAAACUGUAUGAAGAAAAAAGGCCGUGGAAUGUCGAUAUUCGUCUCGAUACUAGACGGUGACUACCAUGAACGUGCUGAAGACGCAAAGGAGGCCUGCAAACAACUGGCCACAUAUAUAGAAUACAAGCGGUGUGAAGGUGUGGCAGAAAUUGUUGUGGCCCCGAACAUGACGGAAGGGUUCCGGGGCAUAAUUCAGACAAUGGGUCUCGGAAACCUCAAACCGAACAUUGUAGUAAUGAGGUACCCCGAGAUCUGGCGCCGGGAAAACCUAACCGAGAUCCCCACAACCUUUGUCGGGAUAAUCAACGACUGCAUCGUGGCGAACAAAGCGGUGGUUAUUGUCAAGGGACUUGACGAGUGGCCGAACGAGUACCAGCGACAGUACGGAACGAUCGACUUGUACUGGAUCGUGAGAGACGGAGGCCUCAUGCUUCUUCUCUCGCAGCUUCUCCUGACGAAAGAAAGCUUCGAGAGCUGCAAAAUCCAACUCUUCUGCAUCGCGGAGGAAGAUUCGGACGCAGAAGCGCUCAAAGCCGACGUGAAGAAGUUCUUGUACGAUCUCAGAAUGCAUGCGGAAGUAAUCGUGGUAUCGAUGAAAUCAUGGGAGGUAGGAACGGAGGGAAACAGCCAGGACGAUUCGUUGGAAGCCUUCAGCUCGGCCCAGAGACGGAUCUCGGAGUACUUAGCCGAGAUCAAGCGGGAAGGACCGGUUCCGAACGAGAAACCCGUGGCGGUGAACGAGAAUCAGGUGGAGAAGUUUCUGUACACGAUGUUUUGAUCUAUAAAGAGGCUUUGCUCACUAGACUUACAUCCGCCGCCGCCGGCGAACCAUCCGGCGUAUUUCUACAUGGAAUAUAUGGAUUUGCUCGUGGAGAAUGUUCCGAGGAUGUUGAUCGUAAGAGGGUAUCACCGAGAUGUUGUAACGUUGUUCACUUAGUCUCCAUCUCUCUCCCAUCUAUAUAAUACACUCAGG